AUGUUCUCGGUCGUCAGAUCCCGGCAGGCCCUUUUGAUCUCGGAGGAUUUAUUUCGAGAAGCUAAAGAAAUUGUGAGAAAGAGAAGUACGAGGAGGAUGUCUAAGGCUGGGACAUUGGAUCUGGCAUCUGGGGUUGGUGGAAAGAUUGACAAGGACCUCGUUCUCUCCGCCGUUGAUAAGUACGAGAAAUAUCAUGUUAGCUUUGGGGGUGAAGAGGAAGAGAGAAAAGCUAACUACACCGACAUGGUCAAUAAGUACUAUGAUCUGGUCACAAGUUUCUAUGAGUAUGGAUGGGGAGAAUCAUUCCAUUUUGCACCCAGGUGGAAAGGCGAGUCUCUUCAGGAGAGCAUUAAGCGCCAUGAACACUUCUUGGCCUUACAGCUUGGUCUAAAACCAGGACAAAAGGUCUUGGAUGUAGGAUGUGGUAUUGGUGGACCAUUAAGAGAAAUUUCACGAUUCAGUAAAACAUCAGUCACAGGUCUUAACAACAAUGAGUACCAGAUAUCUAGGGGAAAGGUGCUAAAUCGUAUUGCUGGAGUGGACCGUACAUGUGACUUUGUUAAGGCUGAUUUCAUGAAGAUGCCAUUCCCAGACAAUAACUUCGAUGCAGUGUAUGCAAUUGAAGCCACCUGUCAUGCCCCGGAUCCAGUUGGAUGCUACAGGGAAAUAUAUAGGGUGCUGAAACCGGGGCAGUGUUUUGCUGCAUACGAGUGGUGCAUGACUGAUGCGUACGACCCCAAUAACAAAGAACACCAGCAGAUAAAGGCUGACAUUGAACUCGGUAACGGGCUCCCUGAUAUUAGGCUGACUCACCAGUGUCUUGAUGCUCUUAAAAAAGCUGGUUUUGAAGUCGUGUGGGAAAAAGAUCUUGCAAAGGACUCACCUGUCCCUUGGUAUCUGCCUAUAGACACAAGUCACUUCUCAAUCAGCAGUUUCCGUUUGACGACUCUUGGACGUUUUUUCACCAGAAACAUGGUGAUGGUUCUAGAAACACUCGGAGUUGCCCCUAAAGGAAGUCAAAGAGUUCAAGCUUUCUUAGAAAAAGCUGCAGAAGGGCUUGUUGUUGGGGCCAAGAAAGAGAUUUUCACGUCAAUGUAUUUCUUCGUAGCCCGGAAGCCCCUUGCACAAACCGAGUAA